CAAAGAACUUAUGUAUGUAUGGAACCAUGAAUUCUCAGCUCUAUUUUAUUAUUUUAACGUUUCUAUUACAUAGCCUUGGAUGUCUUACAGUACCUACUGAAAAGAAAGCGCUACUAGGAAAUGAAAACAUCUCCAUUUAUGCAUUCGAUGCGUGUCGACUACAGUAUGAAUCGCUCACAAAAGAACAAUAUGCAAGAUGUAGAUGUGGAUGCGAGUGGUAAACAGGAAAGUGGGGUUUAUGGUGGUAACACUUUAUGGUAUGGAUCAUUUAGUGAAUGCGACAAAUUACCUGACUCCCGUUAUUGUUGGACGAUGUUUCCUGGAAAUAUAACUCUUUUCAAAAAUUACGAUAAGACUUAUCUCAUUGAGUGGGGUGUUUGUGUGCCAAAAUCUUGUACAAAGAACAUCAUACGAAAAGACUUUUCGUAUUUUUUUCACAAUGUUUCAGGUAUCAAUUCAGUAAAACCCUUUACAAAAUAUGUCCAAGUUCAAUGUUCUGAGACUCCAGAAUAUACAGCAUCCGUCAUUCUGACAAUAAUACUUUGUGGAAUUUUGGUUGGCUUGUCUCUCUUGGCGACGACAAUAGAGAUUUUUCAGUCAUUAAAACAUGCCAACAACGACGACAAAAUCGUUGACGAUGGUGGUUUGCAUAUCUCCAUGGAUAAAGAGACAAAUGAGAAAACACCUUUACUGCCAAACGUGAACAAAAAGGCUAAUGAAAAUGAAGGAACGUUUAUUUAUAAAAUUCUUCAAUCUUUCUCAAUUGCCAAAAAUGUCAAAUCGAUCAUGAACACAAAUGUUGGACAAAGUGAUUUGACGUACCUUCAUGGAAUUCGAGUUUUAUCUCUGUUUUGGAUUAUUCUGUUCCACGCCAUUAUGUUCACUCGUAUUUGGCCUUUGGACAACCCAAAUGAUGUUAUGAGAUUAAAAAGAAAAUUAGCUCCAAUAUUCUUACAUCAAGCUUAUGGAGUAGAUACGUUUUUUGUCUUAAGUGGACUUCUUGCAAUAUACGUCAACAUUAACAAAAGAAUAAAGAAUAAAGGAAAAACCAAUUGGUUUAAAUUUUAUUUUCAUCGAUUUUGGAGACUCACACCACUAUAUAUGUUUGUCAUAUUGCUUGUUACGAAGUUAAAACCAUUUUGGGGGAGUGGUCCAUUGUGGUUUCUUGCAGCUGAUACUUCCGCUUGCAGUGAAAAUUGGUGGAAAAAUCUUCUCUACAUUAAUAAUUAUUAUAUAAAAAAUAUAUGCAUUAUUCAAUCAUGGCAGUUGUCUGUUGAUAUGCAACUUUACUGCGUCACUCCUAUCUUUCUUCUUAUUGGAUACCGAUAUGGCUUACGCGCAAUCUUUGCCGCUUCCAGCGUUUGUAUUCUUGGUAGCAUGAUCACUACUUUUUGCAUAGCAGCAACCAAACAUAUAUUUCCGAUAGGCGAUUGGUAUUCCUCUUAUAGAUCUAACAUAUUUUUCCACCCAAAAGAUGAAGUUCUACGCUUGCACACUACAUAUUUUGAUACCUACUUUAAAACCUAUUGUCGAGUUCCACCUUAUGCGAUGGGAAUGGUUCUUGGAUAUUAUCUGCACAAAUAUCAAUCUUACAAUGCCAAACUUUCUUUGAAAGUUGUUAUAAUGCUAUGGAUGUGUACCAUUGCCUUGGCACUGACCGAUAUAUAUUCUCCAUACAGUGCUAUAAAAGAAGAUCCUCGUAUUUGGUCGACAGCUGAACGAGCAUUUUUCUGGGCUUUUAAAUGGUUCAUCUGGGGUCUGUUUAUAGUUUGGCUCAUAUUUGCUUGUCAAUAUAACUAUGCAGGUUGGGUCAAAAACAUUUUAGCAGCAAAAUUUUGGAUUCCUUUGAGUCGCAUCAACUAUGCUGCAUUCCUUGUGCAUUUUGAUGUGAUGAAUGUUUUGGCGUUUAGCAUUCAAACUCCCAUUCAUUUUUCAUGGUUUGUUUUUGUGACACAUUAUCUGGCUUUCUUGGUUCUAACAUACUGCAUCGCAUUUGUUCUUGUUGUUUUUGUGGAGUUACCGUUUGCUAAUAUUGAAACUUUGGUUUGGAAAAGAUUAGAGAAGCAAAAAUAGCCAAUAAGAAUUUUUUGCCUGAUCUUUUUUAUGUAUUUAAAUCUGCCAUACUGCGAGAAUAGUAUUUUUUGUGUUACAUGAUUCUGCCUUCUUUCUCCAAACGUAAACAGCACCUCUACAUGACCAAUAAGUUUCAAUUUUGUCAACUCAACCUCUUCACUGGCAUUUCUGUACCGUGUGUAUGAUCGCACAUGUAACCAAACUAAUUGCAAAUAUCAUUGCACAAUCGUGGAUUUUAUUUUAUAAGCUGAACAAACAGGACUGUACCUACGGCUAUGUGGGCUAAUAAAUAUUUACCAGUAGUGCAUUAUAUAACUAAUUUUGUAAACAUGAGCAGUUUUAACUGUUAUGUGUGCUAUCUCACAAAA